CAGUGACGUUCAAGGACGUGGCUGUGGUCUUCACCAGAGAGGAGCUGGGGCUCCUGGAACCUGCCCAGAGGCAGCUGUACCGAGAUGUGAUGCUGGAGAAUUUCAAGAAUCUGGUCUCAGUGGGACAUCUUCCCUUCAGAGCAGAUAUGGUAUCCCAGCUGGAGGCAGAAGAAAAGCUUUGGGUGAUGGAAAGAGGAACCCAAAGGAAUGCGUAUUGCAGUGAGCACCACAUGGCUGUUCGUUCAGGUACUGGCUCAUCUGCCUCUCACACCUGUGAUUGCCACUUGCCCAGGUGCUGUCAUCGCUUGCCUGGACUGUGACGACAGCCACCCCAGCACGGUGGCUUCCCGCCUCCCACCUUGCACUCCUGUAAUCUCUUCUCCACAUGGUAGCCAGAUACUCUUUGGAAAGCAAGUAAGAUCUCGCCAUUCCUCUGCUCAGACGCUCUAAAGGCUUCCUGUUUCACUCAGAGCCCUUACAGUACCUACAAGACCCCACCUGAUGUGGCCUCCACGUCAUGUUCCUCUUUGAUCUCCCAUCUUUUACCCUUGCUCAGGGGAUUGCUGCCAUCCUGGCCCCCCUUGGAGUGUCCUUUUCCACUUCAUGGCCUUUGCCUAGCUCUCCCCUGCCUCGGUAGACUCCCCCAGCCACCGCCUUACUCCCCAGGUCUUUGUUCAGAUUGCAUCUCAGUAGCCAGGCCUUCUGUGUCUGCCCUGUUGAAUAUCCUCUCUCUGUUCUCCAUCCCUUUACCCUGCCUUAUCUUGUGUCUAAGCACUGAUCACCUCCUGACCUAGUAACAUAUUUUUAUUUACUUGUUCAGCUCUCGUCCAGUGAAAGUAGGAAUUUGGGUGGUUUUAUUUGCUGCAUCUACUCAAAGCCUCUGAUGGGCAUUCUGCAUUGUAGGUGCUGAGCACAUACUUUUUGAGUGAGUAAGUUAUUUAAAUAAUUACUGUUCUUUUGACUAGAAGUAAGGAAGCUCUCCUCACAGCUUCUCCUACCCUGUGACUCCAGCCUUUCCCGUUUGUGGGGAGCCCCUCCCUGGUACCCCUUACCGGCCACCUUACUGACCCCUGCCUUGCUCCGGCCCUCACUGACUCCCUCACUUUCCACUUUCUGACCUCCUUUCCUUUCUCUUCAGUGUAUAUAUUCCUCAAUUCUACCCACUUAAAAAUGAAAAAUUAAUGAUUCCUAAAACAUGUAAAUUUAUAUACUUUCCCUCUGUCUGAAAAACAAAACACAGAAGCUUGUCUGCAUGUAUGGUAGAUUAGGCCUGAAUUCUGGAAUUGAUGGAUAUAACCUGUCUUUUUUCAUCCAUCUCCCUUUUUAUGUCUUCAUGUUGCUUUACAUUUGACACAUUCAGGGACGUUAGAUAUUUGCUUCACUUUACUGAAUCUCAUUUUUAUAUGCAAACUUAACCUCAGGAUCCUGAAUAUUGUCACUUCUCAGUUUUGCAUAAUAGGUCAAGUCUCUCAGCAAAUCUUACAGCAUUUUCUGCCACCCUUUCUCAAAGGUUUCUUUGACCUUUUCAACGUCAACACGUUUUAGGAUUUUGCAGCCAUGCUCCAAUGUACAAACACUAUCCUGAAAUGUUCUUUAUAGGUCACAGGAGCACAAAUUACAGGGCUUGCUUUUCUAAGGCAUCUUAAAAACAAAAAGCUUACAGGUAAUGGAGACACCAGUGAAUGUCUAAUGUAAUUUUAAUUUCUUGGGCAUCUUUGAACAAAAGAUUGAUACUUAGUAACCUUAGCAGAUAAAAGCUAUUCACAAUUAUCAGAAUAUAUAACUAACAAAAAUUUUCAGUAGGUCAGUGUUACAAUUCAUCAAUUCUCAUGUAACAGUUUCAAGUUGGCUGCUUACAAUUGCAAACUCCCUCAUGUCUACAUAGGGUGAGGUCUGGGAGAGUUCCCCCUCACCAACUUUCUACUCAACUACCCUUCCUUCUCUCUAAACAAUCACAUAACCUAUAAAUGGUAGUUGCUUAGUAGUUUCAAAUUGGACAUUUCCAGAGUCAGAAGGCACUAACAUACCUGGGGAGAUUAGGAAAGUCCUGAUUUAAGAAAGAAAAUUACAGAAUUUCUAAAUAGGUUUCCACUGUAAUUGGCAUUCCUAGUGGUAUUAACUAGCUGAUAUCCCAGGCAAUGUGAGAAUCCUUUUACAUGUUGAAGUGAGUUCUGAUAUCAAACACCUGAAGUUAGCCCCAACUUAACAGGUUAAGGCCACAGUCUUCCACAAGACUGCCUACUAAGGCUCAGACACCAGCCAGGUUCCCCAGGGCCACACUCACUGUGACCAAUUGUCUACAGGUUUGGAGAUUCCCGUGAUAACUUGCUAGAAUGACUCACAGAGCUUAGGAAAGCACUCUACUUAAAAUUUUAUUAUGGUUAAAAGAAUAUAAUGGGAACUAGCAAAAGGGAGAGGUGCAUAGGGUGAGGUCUGGGUGAGUUCCCUCUUGCGUUUCUCUUAUAAGGACCUUGUGAUCACUGUGGGCUCACCUAAGUAACCCAGGAUGACCUCCCCAUCUCAAGAUCCUUAAUUUAAUCAGAUCUAAAGUCCCCUAUGCUGUCUACAUUAAUAUAUUCACAGGUUCCAGGGAUUAGUGUUUGGACGGCUUGAGGGGACCAUUUGAUUAGCCUACCACACAGAGAGGUAUACAUACCUGUUGAGACUUUUUUGACUUGUAAUGUUAGAAUAUUACUUUCCAUUUAAGCAAAUUAAUAAUUAAGGGUUUGGUUUUCCCCCUUAAACAUUUUAAGCUAAUGGCUCCCAUGCAUUUUUAACGAUGAUCCUCAAUAGAAAAUGUUUUGCAUCUUGACUCAGCAUAAAAAUAAUGUAUGUGCAUAUUUAUGUGUAUGUCUACAGUUGAAACAAGCACUUCAUAUGGUGGUGUCCUUUACUGCUUGUGAUACACUUACAUAUAUAUUUUAAUAUUUGUCACAAUUUAUGGAAUUGAUUUCACAGUUCACUAAUACAUCCUGAUAAUUUGAAAAAUUCUGUUACAAUGGGGAUAAAGCAGUGAAGGAAACAAAGUACAAGUUUUCCUCAUGACUAUUACAGCCUAAUGGGUCUAAAAAGAAGAAGAGAUCAGGAAAUAUAUAAUAAAUCUAAUAAGUGCUGUGGAGGGAAAUAAGGCAGAGUAAGUCAAAUGAGAAGAAUAAAAGAUGUAAUGGGGAUGAGGAGAAAUUAGUGUAUAUUGGGUAACAAGAAAGGCCUCACCCAAUUGACAUUUGGGCAGACAGACAUCCAAAGGGAAUGAGAGAAAAAACAAGCCAUGCAGCUUUCUGGGGGAAAGUUUCCCAAGCCAAAUAGAACUCUCCCUCCCUUCCUCUGCAGGGUUGCCUUUGAGGGUCUGAACUGUGCUGUUUCUUUCCUUUACCCCAGUUCUUUUCAAGUUAUAAAAGAUUAGUUUUCCCUUCUCCACAGAGACCUGAAUUAACUACCAGGUUUAGAGCACUGAAUGUUGUUAUUCCAUCUGCUUCCCAAAUUUACUCUGGAAGAUAAUUUCUACCAGGACCUAAAGUACUAUUUUAUGCCUACAGUCUCAGCUUUUGUAACCUAGUUGGGUAGAAUCCUACUUGUCAUACGCCUACUGAGGAAAAGGCAGCAAGAAUCAAAAUGGGAUGGAGACUCUUCAGAAAGUUGCAUUAAAAUACCUUUCACAUGAAGAGUUAUGCUGCUGGCGAAUCUGGAGACAGGUUGCAAGUGAUUUAACCAGGUCUCUUCAGCGGAAGAGUUCCCAGUUACUGCAAGGUGAUUCUAUUCAGGUUUCUGAAAAUGAGAACAAUAUAAUGAAUCAUAAGGAAAAUGACUCCAGUUAUAUUGAAAAUGAAGAGUUUUCAGUUUCAAGUACCCAGGAUUCUUGCAGGAAUGUGUAUCUACAUGAAUCACAGAAUCAGAGUAGAGGUAAGCAAAUUAACAUGAAAAAUAACCUGUAUAUAUGUGAAGCCUUCCUGAAGAAAUCACUACUGAGUGACUGCAUUAAAACUGAUAUGGAACGGAAACUCUACACAUGUAAUGAGUGUGACAAAAGCAUCGGUGAUGGCUUCUAUCAGCAUUUACCCUUAGGAAAGAAACUCUGUCCACAUAGUGAGUGUGGCAAGGGCUUCAGUUGUAGUUCAGUGCUUCCAGUCCAUCAGAAUGUUCCCACAGGAGAGAAGUGCUCCAGUCAGAGCUCACAUCUGCAAACUCAUCAGAGAGCGCACCCUCGAGAGAAACCUGGGAAAUGUCAUGAAUCUGGUGAUUGCUGCAGUGAGAGCUCUUUUCAUUCUCAUCAGUCUAAUCAUACAGGAGAGAAGGCCUAUCGAUGUGACAGUUGUGGCAAGAGAUUCAGUAGCAGCACAGGUCUUAUCAUUCAUUAUCGAACUCACACUGGUGAGAAGCCUUAUAAAUGUGAGGAGUGUGGUAAAUGCUUCAGUCAAAGUUCAAAUUUUCAGUGCCAUCAGAGAGUCCACACGGAAGAAAAACCGUACAAAUGUGAAGAGUGUGGCAAGGGCUUUGGUUGGAGUGUUAAUCUACGUGUUCAUCAGAGGGUCCACAGGGGUGAGAAGCCCUAUAAAUGUGAGGAAUGUGGGAAGGGCUUCACUCAGGCUGCACAUUAUCACAUACAUCAGAGGGUCCACACUGGGGAAAAACCUUACAAAUGUGAUGUCUGUGGAAAGGGCUUCAGUCACAAUUCACCAUUAAUAUGCCAUCGGAGAGUCCACACUGGAGAGAAACCAUACAGGUGUGAGGCGUGUGGGAAAGGUUUUACCCGUAAUACAGAUCUUCAUAUCCAUUUCAGAGUUCACACAGGAGAGAAACCCUACAAAUGUAAGGAGUGUGGUAAGGGCUUCAGUCAGGCUUCAAAUCUCCAAGUGCAUCAGAAUGUACACACUGGAGAGAAACGAUUCAAAUGUGAAACGUGUGGGAAGGGCUUCAGUCAGUCAUCAAAGCUUCAGACCCAUCAGAGAGUCCACACUGGAGAGAAACCAUACAAAUGUGGUGUAUGUGGUAAGGACUUCAGUUACAGUUCAAAUCUUAAACUGCACCAGGUAAUUCACACUGGAGAAAAACCAUAUAAAUGUGAGGAAUGCGGGAAGGGCUUCAGUUGGAGAUCAAAUCUUCACGCUCAUCAGAGAGUCCACUCGGGAGAGAAACCCUAUAAAUGUGAAGAGUGUGAUAAGAGCUUCAGUCAGGCCAUAGAUUUUCGGGUGCAUCAGAGAGUCCACACUGGGGAGAAACCAUACAAAUGUGGUAUAUGUGGGAAGGGCUUCAGUCAGUCCUCUGGUCUUCAAUCCCAUCAGAGAGUCCACACUGGGGAGAAGCCCUACAAGUGUGAUGUCUGUGGAAAGGGCUUUAGAUACAGUUCACAGUUCAUAUACCAUCAGAGAGGCCAUACUGGGGAAAAACCAUACAAAUGUGAGGAGUGUGGGAAAGGCUUUGGUAGGAGCUUGAAUCUUCGCCAUCAUCAGAGGAUUCACACAGGAGAGAAACCCCAUAAAUGUGAGGAGUGUGGUAAGGCCUUCAGUCUCCCCUCAAAUCUUAGAGUCCAUCUGAGUGUUCACAUUAGGGAGAAACUAUUUAAAUGUGAGGAGUGUGGUAAGGGCUUCAGUCAGAGCUCACGUCUUCAAACCCAUCAGAGAGUCCACACUGGAGAGAAACCAUACAAAUGUGACUUAUGUGGUAAGGACUUCAGUCACCGUUCACGUCUUAUAUACCAUCAGAAAGUCCACACUGGCAAGAAUUUAUAAAAGAGAAGUAUGUCAGUGGCUUCAGUUAGGAUGCACAUCUUUAAGUUCCUGGACAGUCCAUGCUGAUGACCAAGUAUUGAGACUGGUAAGGAAUUUCUUCAGAUGGAAUCUAAAAAAUCCAUUAGCAUGAUAUGGAACAUAGUGACAAGAUAACUAAUAAUCAGGGCAGACAGGUUGUAACCCGGUAAGUUCCAGCUGAUAGAAAUGAUCUCUCAAAAUGAAUAUAUGCCUAAAGAUAAUGUGUGAAAAGGAUAUUUGCCAUAUAUUAGUUUUUUCUAGGGUCAGGAAGGGUUUGAGGUAAUUUUUUCUUUUUUUAAACUUUCAUUUUAUACUUAUUCACAAAGACCAUUAUUUUUACUAAAGCUGUAAAGCUAUGAAAAAUAAAUAAAACUGACAAAAAGUCCCUGCAGCCAAGAAGUCAUAAUAUGAUUGCAUUAUUUCAUAUAGUAUAUUGGAUUAAAGUUAGGAAUAUAUCCCCAGAGAUGCAUCUUUGGUCUUCAGGAGUAAAUUUGUAUCUGCUAUGAAUAUAAAUGUUUGGUUAUUGCAUCAUUUAUAAUAGCAAACAUAGAAAAAAUCAGUUGGAUUUCCAUAGUAUUUUGUGAUUUACUGGUCCAGUGGAACACUAUGCAAACAUCAAAUGGGAGAAGAUAAAUCUGUAAUUAUGGAUGUUGGAACAUGUCCAGAAUAUACUAAUCUGGAAAAACAAAAGCAUGGGGUUUUUGUGUGCUCUCAAAAAAAAAAA